ACUGGAUUCGAACCUAUAGGACCACUUCAUACAAAAGGAGGACCUCCAACGAUCAUACUAUGGGCCUUCUUGCCUCAGCCUGUCCUUAAAGUCUUCCCAGACAGUAAGCAGUUUCACUGAAGCUAUUUAAAGGCUUGGUUAAGAUGACAGUGUGGGGAAAGCAGUCUCUGUUCCACAUGGAUUUGAACCCAGACCUUCCAUUUCCCUUAUGGGCAGCAGCUCGAACCCUUCUGCCACAGACUUUCCUGGCCAUAGACACCUUUUUAGGUUUUGUUUGGUUAUGUAUUUAAAGAGCUAAGAUCAGAUUUCCAUGUGAGCAAAGCACCAAAUUAGGUUUCAAACCCAGGGCGAUGUCACUUCGGGUUGACAGCUCUGACCAUUUCUGGAUGAUUGCCUCAAAACACAGCUCUGAUUGCAGAGUCAGGACAAGAUUACCCCAAAUUUCCAACCCAUGUGGAAUGGCGGCAAUUUUUGCCGUCACCAAUUCCUACUGGAUGCAUUUGGGAGGUGAAUUUCGUGGCAAAUUUCGGACGGUGGGAAUUGUGAGGACUCACAAGACCCCCCCUGAAUUCACAUGCAAUCAUGCGAUAACGAGUUGUCUCUAUAAAGACAGCCACAUAAACAUAUAAGCAGUACAUUGUGUCCUUCAAGAGGAGGAAAUCCACUCUGUUCAGACCAGUAAAUCAGACACUUUUGUGGAGAUUGGGAAUUAACCAUGGGUAAGUGCAAUAUUAUUCUGUGAUUUUGGAUUCCCAGAAUCAGCAUCUCCUCAUCCAUGGUGUCAACAAGGUGAAAUGAAGUCUGAAAAACCUUUGACUUGUUCGUCCCCGCCCGUUUGCAUGGUGUGAAAUAUGAUCCGCCUGAAACACAGUGUUUUAUUUUGAAAAGACGCCGGAUGUUUUAUUUUGUAUCUGUGCCCGAAUUCCUUUCCCGUAUGGGCUAAUCUGUGCUGAAUUUAUGGGGCAUGCUGCAGCGUCCAGAAAAACCAGAACUCUGGUGAUCGUCUGCAAAGCCCGCUGAACCACAGGGGGCCUGAAAGAAGCGGAAUUUGUGGAAUUUGACACAUUAACUUGAAUGGAAACGUUCAGCGGUGAUCAGUGCCGUAGCCUUUUUGCCGCCGUUCCGAAUGCGGUAGAAAUUUGGGGUUACACAUCUCCGUCAUAGAAAGUCAAAAGCUGGGAUUUGAAUCGCUUACUACUUAAGCCAAGAUAGCAGUACAAACAAACCACCACACCACAGUACUCAUUCACUUCUUUUUAUUUCACCAUUUCACUGCCUUGCUUCAAAAGCUGGGCUCAGGCUGCAGUGUGAAUUAAGCAUUAUAUUCCUGCCUCACAUGGAAAGGUCCUGUUCUGGAUUUGAACCCACAAUCUUCUACUGAGAAGAGGCAAUACUCAUCUUUGCCCCAGAGCUCAGCUUUAUUUAACCACUGGUGUACUGCAGGAAGUUACCAAACUUACCAAACUGGAUCCAAAAGAAAAAUGUAGUGUCUCACAGGGACCCAAAUUGGCAAGACAGUAGAUAACAGUUUGUUUAUCUAUCAUAAAUAUCCUAGUUCAGAAGUUUUUUUUUAUAGAUAUGGGUGACCAAAGGUUUAAGAAUUCCUCCUUGAGCUGAAAAGAUUCAAAGAUAUGAACUGAAUGCUCAUAUUCAUCACAAAUAUACACACAGCUCUCCAACCAUUCACUCUCACUACUAGCUAUUCCAUCCACCACACUGGACCCAGCAUGGGGUCCAACAGGUCUUUGAUUGCUCUAAGUAUAUCUGUCUCGCUCUCUCUCUUCUUUAUCCCCUUUGUGUCACCUCAGAUGGAGACACUGUGCAAGAAAAUUACUGUCUGUCGUAUGGCAUCACUGACAACUGCAGAGCCCCUCAACCUCGCCUCGGUGCAUAGCAGCCGCUCCUCUCUCAACUGCUCUGCACUGCUCUGUGACACAUCUAUCUCUCCUCUUUUUUUCAUUCCAACCACCCUCUUAUUAUCAGAAAACCCUAUCUGCUCUUUGUAGGAGGCCCAGUGAUAAAGGCAGCGGCAGCUUCCGACGCAACUCCUGCCUCCACCUCCCACCCCGACCCCGACAGAAGCCGACUCUCAAUCAGCGGCGGAGAAGCUGAAGGCUUUUAA